GUAAAGAAUAAAACGGCACAAGCGAGACACUGAACAGUCCUACAGUAGGCAGUGUGAUGGGAUUUACUCUUAUAAACAGCAAAGAGUGGACUUGAAGCUUCACACAGCGGUUUGUCCUGCAAAAAAAAAAACGCCUCCAGUCUUUCUGACGGUUGUUCACUCUCUCUGCAUGUGUGCGUGACAGCUCGGGACUCUUCACAAUUUGAAUUGUGUAUGCGUGUGUGUAUGUAAGUGCUUCCAGGACGUGACACCAUGCCCCAGGUCGCCAUGUGGAGCCGGGUGAAGAACGUAUGCCAGCAGAACGGCCUCCUCAUCCUGUCGGUGCUGGCUGUGGUGGUCGGCUGCCUGCUGGGAUUCUUCCUACGUUCCAAACACCUCUCUGAACAGGAAGUGAAGUAUUUCCAGUUCCCUGGAGAGCUGCUCAUGAGGAUGUUGAAGAUGCUCAUCCUGCCUCUUGUUGUCUCCAGUUUGAUGUCUGGUCUGGCAGCACUGGACGCUAAAUGCUCAAGCCGCCUGGGCAUCAUGACCAUUUCCUACUACUUGUGGACCACCUUCAUAGCAGUGGUGGUGGGCAUCGUCCUAGUGAUCAUCAUCCACCCGGGUGGAGCGGCCCAGAAGGAGGACUCGGAGGAUGGGGGCAAGCCGAUCACGAGUUCUGCGGACGCUCUGCUUGACCUCAUCCGAAACAUGUUUCCUGCUAACCUGGUCCAAGCUACCUUUCAACAGUACCGUAGCAGGAGUAUCCCCAUCUUAAAGCCAAAGCCCACCCUAAGCCAGGACAUGACAGAAUCCACCACCAGACGCAUGUUUAUCUAUGGCAUCCAAGACGACAAUGGUAUGGAUAUCCAGAGCUUCUCCCUGGACUUAACGCCGCCUCCGGAUGUGGUGUUUAAAACCUUGCCUGGCACAAGCGAUGGCAUGAAUGUCCUGGGCAUUGUCAUCUUUUCAGCCACCAUGGGAAUCAUGCUGGGAAGGAUGGGACCCAGCGGCAGUGCACUGGUCAACUUCUGCCAGAGUUUAAAUGAAGCAGUGUUGAAAAUUGUAGCUAUUGUUAUCUGGUAUUUCCCAUUUGGGAUCGUCUUUCUGGUGGCUGGCAAGAUCUUGGAGAUGGAUGACCCCUCUGCAAUGGGGAAGAAAUUAGGUUUUUAUGCCAUCACUGUGGUUAUCGGGCUGAUCGUUCAUGGUCUUUUCAUCCUGCCCGCCAUGUACUUCUUUAUCACCAAGAAGAGCCCGAUUGUUUACAUCCGAGGCAUCCUGCAGGCUCUGCUCAUCUCACUGGCCACUUCAUCCAGCUCUGCCACGCUGCCCAUCACCUUUAAGUGCCUCUUGGAGAACAACCAUAUCGACCGACGCAUCAUCCGCUUUGUCUUACCUGUUGGAGCCACCAUCAACAUGGACGGUACAGCACUCUACGAGGCCGUGGCAGCUAUCUUCAUUGCUCAGGUCAACAACUAUGAGCUGGACUUUGGUCAGAUCAUCACCAUCAGUAUCACAGCCACAGCAGCCAGUAUCGGUGCAGCAGGGAUUCCUCAGGCUGGCUUGGUAACAAUGGUGAUUGUAUUAACCUCAGUGGGGCUUCCUACUGAUGACAUCACAUUGAUAAUCGCUGUAGACUGGGCCCUGGACCGUUUCAGGACAAUGGUGAACGUGAUGGGAGAUGCACUCGCCACGGGGAUCAUGGCACACAUAUGCAGGAAAGACUUUAUGAAGGAGGUCGAAGAGAUUCCUCUGAUCUGUGAAGCCAAGCCCAUGUUAAGCGUUCAGCGGAUGACGACCUACCAGAGCAACGGGAGACCUGAACAUCUCUCUGCAGAUGUGGCUCGACUAGUACAGCUGGAAGAAGGUAUCCGGCCAGAGAAGAAGCAUAAGAAGUCCACACACCACUUGAAGAGGAAAGAACAGGAUCGAGAUCGAGAUCGAGACUACUGCACUGUUGACAUUAGCAGCCUCGAAACCAAUGUCUAGACUCGUUUGUUAUGAUCUUGCGGGACUUAGAGUAACGUGUACGAGACAAGUGCUAGCCAUGUUCUUCUGUCUCUCGGCAUUCAAAAUUCUUCUUCUGCUGAUUGGAUGCUGAUGGCUAGUGGAAGUUAGAAUGCAUGUGUAAACAUGUAACACGGACCAUCUAGGUUUAAAAGGAAGAUGAAACGAUCUGGAUCUACCUCUGAA